GCCGGCCAGGCCUGCACCACCCCAGACCCUAUAAGGCCUGGGAGCUGAGAGCAGAGCCAGAUGCCAGCUGUGCUUCCCGUCACUCCAGGGGACCCUCACACGGUCCAGCUGCUUAGAGGAUUACCAUGUCUGCUCAAGAUGAAGGAGGCCGGGAUCCCCCCAAACCCAAGGGCAAGACCCUGGGCAGCUUCUUUGGGUCCCUGCCUGGCUUCAGUUCUGCCCGGAACCCGGCGGCCCACGCCCACAGCUCAGCGAGAGAGGCCCGGCCGGUCGCCCAUCCCGCAGAUGCUCCAGCCGCCGAGACUGCCCAGCCCCAGGCUCAGGUGGCCACCGACCCGGAGCAGACGACCAGGGGCAUUGAGAAGACGCUGCCGCUUUCAGACAGGGUCAUCUCCGGGACAAACGACUUAGUGUGGUCCGAGAUGACCAGGACCAAGGAUGCCUUCUCAUCUGGGAUGGCCAACAUCAUGGACACAGCUAAAGGCAUGGUCCAAGGAGGCCUGGGCAUGACCCAGUCCACGCUCACAGGCACCAAGGAUGCAGUGUCCACUGGGCUCACUGGGGCAGUGAACCUGGCCAAGGGCACCGUCCAGACUGGCAUGGACACCACCAAGACUGUCCUAACAGGCACCAAAGAUGCAGUGUCCACUGGCCUCACUGGAGCAAUGGGUGUUGCCAAAGGGGCCGUCCAGAUGGGUGUGGACACCACCAAGACUGUCCUGACAGGCACCAAAGAUGCAGUGUCCACAGGGCUCACUGGGUCAGUGAACAUGGCCAAGGGCACCAUCCAGACUGGUAUGGACACCACCAAGACCGUCCUAACAGGCACCAAAGAUGCAGUGUCCACUGGGCUCACUGGGGCAGUGAACAUGGCCAAGGGCACCGUCCGGACUGGCAUGGACACCACCAAGACUGUCCUCACAGGCACCAAAGAUGCAGUGUCCACUGGGCUUACUGGGGCAGUGAACAUGGCCAAGGGCACCGUCCAGACUGGCAUGGACACCACCAAGACUGUCCUCACAGGCACCAAAGAUGCAGUGUCCACUGGGCUUACUGGGGCAGUGAACAUGGCCAAGGGCACUGUCCAGACUGGCAUGGACACCACCAAGACUGUCCUGAGAGGCACCAAAGAUGCAGUGUCCACUGGGCUUACUGGGGCAGUGAACAUGGCCAAGGGCACUGUCCAGACUGGCAUGGACACCACCAAGACCGUCCUAACAGGCACCAAAGAUGCAGUGUCCACUGGGCUCACUGGAGCAAUGGGUGUGGCCAAAGGGGCCGUCCAGAUGAGCGUGGACACCACCAAGACUGUCCUAACAGGCACCAAAGAUGCAGUGUCCACUGGCCUCACUGGAGCAAUGGGUGUGGCCAAGGGGGCCGUCCAGACUGGCAUGGACACCACCAAGACUGUCCUCACAGGCACCAAAGAUACAGUGUCCAUUGGGCUCACUGGGGCAGUGAACAUGGCCAAGGGCACCGUCCAGACUGGCAUGGACACCACCAAGACUGUCCUAACAGGCACCAAAGAUGCAGUGUCCACUGGCCUCACUGGAGCAAUGGGUGUGGCCAAGGGAGCCGUGCAGAUGGGCAUGGACACCACCAAGACUGUCCUGACAGCCACCAAAGAUGCAGUGUCCACUGGGCUCACUGGAUCAGUGAACAUGGCCAAGGGCACCGUCCAGACUGGUGUGGACACCACCAAGACCGUCCUGACUGGCACCAAAGAUGCAAUGUCCACUGGGUUCACUGGAGCAAUGGGUGUGGCCAAGGGAGCCAUCCAGACCGGCGUGGACACCACCAAGACCGUCCUGACUGGCACCAAAGAUGCAGUGUCCACUGGCCUCACUGGAGCAAUGGGUGUGGCCAAGGGGGCCGUCCAGACUGGCAUGGACACCACCAAGACUGUCCUAACAGGCACCAAAGAUACAGUGUCCAUUGGGCUCACUGGGGCAGUGAACAUGGCCAAGGGCACCGUCCAGACUGGCAUGGACACCACCAAGACUGUCCUAACAGGCACCAACGAUGCAGUGUCCACUGGCCUCACUGGAGCAAUGGGUGUGGCCAAGGGAGCCGUCCAGACUGGCGUGGACACCACCAAGACCAUCCUGACUGGCACCAAAGAUGCAGUGUCCACUGGGUUCACUGGAGCAAUGGGUGUGGCCAAGGGGGCCGUCCAGACCGGCGUGGACACCAGCAAAUCUGUCCUGACUGGAACCAAAGAUGCAGUGUCCACUGCGUACACUGGAGCAAUGGGUGUGGCCAAGGGAGCCGUCCAGACCGGCGUGGACACCAGCAAAUCUGUCCUGACUGGAACCAAAGAUGCAGUGUCCACUGCGUACACUGGAGCAAUGGGUGUGGCCAAGGGAGCUGUCCAGACCGGCGUGGACACCAGCAAAUCUGUCCUGACUGGAACCAAAGAUGCAGUGUCCACUGCGUACACUGGAGCAAUGGGUGUGGCCAAGGGAGCCAUCCAGACCGGUGUGGACACCAGCAAAUCUGUCCUGACUGGAACCAAAGAUGCAGUGUCCACUGCGUACACUGGAGCAAUGGGUGUGGCCAAGGGGGCCGUCCAGACCGGCGUGGACACCAGCAAAUCUGUCCUGACUGGAACCAAAGAUGCAGUGUCCACUGCGUACACUGGAGCAAUGGGUGUGGCCAAGGGAGCCGUCCAGACUGGCGUGGACACCAGCAAAUCUGUCCUGACUGGAACCAAAGAUGCAGUGUCCACUGCAUACACUGGAGCAAUGGGUGUGGCCAAGGGAGCCAUCCAGACCGGCAUGGACACCAGCAAAUCUGUCCUGACUGGAACCAAAGAUGCAGUGUCCACUGCGUACACUGGAGCAAUGGGUGUGGCCAAGGGAGCCGUCCAGACCGGCAUGGACACCACCAAGACCGUCCUGACUGGCACCAAAGAUGCAGUGUCCACUGGGUUCACUGGAGCAAUGGGUGUGGCCAAGGGAGCCGUCCAGACCGGCGUGGACACCACCAAAUCUGUCCUGACUGGAACCAGAGAUGCAGUGUCCACUGGGUUCACUGGAGCAAUGGGUGUGGCCAAGGGAGCCGUCCAGACCGGCGUGGACACCACCAAGACCGUCCUGACUGGCACCAAAGAUGCAGUGUCCACUGGGUUCACUGGAGCAAUGGGUGUGGCCAAAGGAGCCGUCCAGACCGGUGUGGACACCACCAAGACCGUCCUGACUGGCACCAAAGAUGCAGUGUCCACUGGGUUCACUGGAGCAAUGGGUGUGGCCAAGGGAGCCGUCCAGACCAGCAUGGACACCACCAAAUCUGUCCUGACUGGCACCAAAGAUGCAGUGUCCACUGGGCUCACUGGGGCAGUGAACAUGGCCAAGGGCACUGUCCAAACUGGCAUGGACACCACCAAGACCGUCCUCACUGGCACCAAAGAUGCAGUGUCCACUGGGCUCACUGGAGCAAUGGGUGUGGCCAAGGGGGCCAUCCAGACUGGCAUGGACACCACCAAGACCGUCCUGACAGGCACCAAAGAUGCAGUGUCCACAGGGCUCACUGGGGCAGUGAAUGUGGCUACAGGGGCUGUGCAAACUGGGCUGAAUACAACCCAAAAUGUUUCAGCUGUCACAAGGAACACCGUCUCCAGUGGCAUGGCUGGUGCCAUGAAUGUGGCCAAUGCUGCUGCCCAGUGGGGUCUGGACACCUCGAAGGCUGUCCUCACAGGCACCAAAGACGCCGUGUCCACUGGGCUCACCAGGGUAGGGAACGUGGCCCGAGGAGGUGUGCAGACUGAUUUUGGAACCAUCCAGAACUGGUUACCUGGUUCCCAGGAUGCUGCCUCAGGUGGACUCGCCACUUCCGGAGCCCCAGAUGAAGGAGAACAAACCAUCCUGAACCCUCAUGAGGCUCAGUCCUGCGGGGUCUCCAGGCCCCUGGACACUCUGUGUGCACACCUGGACCUUGCUGGGAAAGCCACCACCAAUACCAAGGGCCUCGUGUCAGCUGAGGUGACAUUCACCCAAGGGGCCGCCCUGGGCAAGGAGGAUGACGUAGGGCCUGGGGCCACCACUUGCGGCCAGGAAGGAGCCCGGGGCUUUGCAACACUCCGGGAUGAGCUGGAGGAGCUGGGGGAGAUCUUCCAGCCCAUGAGCACCGAGGAACAAGCUCGGCUGGCUGCCUCCCAGCCCCGGCUGAGGGAGUCCACGGCCGACCAAAGCAGCUACUUCGUGCGCCUGGGCGACUUGGACCCCAGCUUCCGCCAGCGGGCUUUCGAGCACGCCCUGAGCCACCUGCAGCAAGGCCAGUUCCAGGCCCUGGACGUGCUGGCCCAGCUCGAGGACGCCUUCUGGCUGAUUGAGAAGGCCCAGCAGGCUCCAGACCAGCAGCCGUGGCCGGACCAGGAUCUGAGCAGCCAAGCCGGCGCCCGAGAGGUGCCAGCCGCCGGGGCUCUGUCCAGGGUCUGCAGCCUUGUCCAGCAGCUCCAUGUCGCCUACAGCAGCCUGGCCUCCGGCCUCCAGGGCCUCCCCGCCGAGCUCCGGUGGCAGCUCAGGCAGGCGCGGCACAGCCUCUGCGAGCUGCACAGUGUUGUCUCCUGUGCCGCCUCCGUGGCGGAGCUGCCGGCCGAGCGCCUGGCCCAGAGCCGCCAGGGUGUACGCCAGGCGUGGCAGGGGCUGGAGCAGCUGCUGGAGAGCAUGCAGCACAGCCCUCCGCUCAGCUGGCUGGUGGGGCCCUUCACCCUGCACCCCGAUGGGCAGCAGCUGUAGGAGCCCCUCCCCCGCCCGAAACCAGCCCCAACCCCCGGAAGCUCCGGGCCCUGCCGGCUGGCGCCCCACCUUUCUCCCAGAGCACAGCUGGCCCCUUUGGCCGAGGAGCCCGGGGCGGCUAAGACCCUCGACGGCGGCGGGGGGGGCCCGGGCUUCGCCUGAAGAUCUCAAGCAAGCGCUUCAUUUAGGAACAAGAAGGGGAAUCGUGCCUGUCUUGAAGGUUCCCCACUCAGCACCCCCAGUAGGGCCCUUUUAUCUUUUACCUCUGGGGGGGUCUUCCACCCCAGCCUGGGCCCUCUAGCUAUACCAGCUUGGCAGGCGGCCCCGCUCCUCCAUCCUGGGCUCCAGGCAGCUCCGUCCUCGCUCUGAAAGCCUACACCCCUCAGCAAACAGCGCAUGCCAGAAGGUACCAGAACGCCACCAUCAUCCUGAGGCAGGUAGGCCCCCACCGCCUCUGCCGACCCGGCCCAGGGGCUUCAUGAAGGCAAAGCCGCAGCAGCCACUGAGAGCUGAGGACCGGACUGUCCGGGCGGGGGUGGGGUGAGUACACAUCCCUUCCUGCUGCAGCCCACUCACCCGGCAGCGCCCCCUGGUCAUGGGUGAUCACAAGGAUCCCACAGGUGAUGUUCUCAGGUCCCUGGGCCCAGAGGCUGCCAAUGAAGGAAUAAAGGGGCUCCCUCACAAGGGAUGGGGCCCUAGGGAGCACGUGACAAAAUGUGCUCGGGGGACUUCCCAGGUGGUCCAGUGGUAAGGACUCUGUGCUUUCACUGCCGAGGGUGCGGGUUGGAUCCCUGGUCUGGGAACUAAGAUCCCACAAACCACAAGGCGCGGCCAAAAAAACCAAAAACAGAAAAACGUGCUCGACACACGUUCAGGUCACGUGCUCCAGGCCGGAGACCAGCAGCCCCGGGACAAGGGCCCCUUCCUUCCCGCCGUGCUCUCCCUGGAUCCUUGGGGCACCCUGCGAGGUGGGCUGCACAUGGGAAGGUGGGACAACAGAGGGCCACUCCCCCUGCUCCCCGGGGCCCCGGGAGAUGCUAAGGGAGCUGCUGCGUCAGAAUUCCAGCGGCCCGAGGCUUGUCAAGCCCCCACUUCCCACGCCCGCAGCCCCCCUAUCUGGCCACCUCCUUGACGGAGGAAGCAAAGAGGCCCCGCUUCUCAGAAAUCACCAGGUGCUCCAAGCCCUGGGAUGGACGGGCCAGCUCUCCCCAGAGGGUCACCAUGGCUGCCAGGGGCCACGAGGGGCCCUGCACCACAGGAGCUGGCCGAGGCAAGACACGGGGACCAGUCCGGGAACUUCCCCGAGCCCUUCCUUCCUCACUCCCCAUCACGGACGGCCAUCGGAGGGGGGUGACACUGGAAACAGUCGUUCACAGAAACCGAGCUCAGCGACAACCAAAUCCAACCAAACCAAACCUAACCAAACGGGGCAGGGGCGGGGCCGGUACGCCAGGCCCAGGGAGCAAAACCACACCACACCUCUCUCUCAGCCGGGACAGAGGGGCUCGGCCACCGGCAGGACAGGGGACACACGGUGGAGGCCACCGUUAAACCAGCAACCGCCGUGUGCAGAUGCCUGGCCGGGUGCCGCACACACAUCCCCCCGCAUCCGAAUCCAAGCGACAGGGGAGCACAGAGAAGCCCAGAGCGUGGGGUGUCACUCGGCCCACGUUACACAGCGAGGCCUGCCCCCAACACCCGCGCCCUGUGAACAUCGAGGACAACAGACAGCCCUCAGCAUCCCUCCUGGUACUUUUGGAAAGGCCUUGCUCACUGCCUCCGUCAGCCCUGCAGGGCCUGGAGCACCAUCAGAACCAAAUUCGUAUUCGCUGUUCACGGUGACCCUAUGGCUUAAAACCCUCUGUCCCUGGACGGCUCCUUGACAACGGCAAACCAGACACGCUAGAAAACCGAGCCAAUAAAAGCAACUUUUUUUUUUUCAUUAAAAAAACCCUUUAUAGUCAUUUCAUGUCCGUUGGAAAUCACAGAAAUUAGGCAAAAAAAAAAAAACCCAGGGG